GUCCCCCACUCGGCAAACGCCGCAACUAAUCUAUCCGCACUCCAUAGGGGUGGCUUCUUCAAGGUCAUCUUAAUUCCAUUCCUAUAUGUUCCCUCACGAUAAUGCGGAAGACGAGAUUGAGAGUAGAAUGUGAAUUUUGUGACCGGAAGUGUGGUUUGCAGUGCAUUUCACUGGUAUAAGCCGGUCACCGGUUUACAGCAUAGGUACAAGACCGCUGCCUUUAAGGCCACGAGCUCGUCACUAUGCAGAGCCGUCGAUGACCACGAUGCGCUUGGCAAGCUCAAAGGUGCCACAGCCUCGUGGUGUUCAUAUAUAUAAAGUCGUGCUAGAUGCUCUAAGAUCAGUAUACUCCAUUCGACACCUCGAUCUAUUCCGUUGUCAUUGCAAGUCACUAUGUCUGUCUUUGAUAAGUUGCACGAAUUGAAGGACGCGCUACACGGCGAUUCUGCCGAUCGUGACUCCGGAGGACACAAGGGACAAGAAGAAGCUCGUGCCGAGAGUCACGAGCAGACAAAGAAGGAAGAGAAGGAAGGGUGGUCGGAUAAGCUUCGAGAUGUCUUGGACGGCGGCGACGCUAAAAGGGAAGCUAAAAGGCAACGCGAGGAGGAAGAGGAACGUGUAAGGAUCGAGAAGGAGAAAGCGGAAGCCAAGGCCAAGGUCGAUGCAGAACGUGGAUGGACUGCAAAGAUUCAUGACGCUCUCGACGGAGGCAAACACAAGCAGGAACUCGAAGAGGCCGAGUUCAAACGACUUGAGACACAAGCCCAGGCCGAGAAGAAGAAGGAUCUGUCUGAUCACUUCGACCAUGCCCUUAACCGUGCAUCGGAAUUCAAAGACAAGGUUGUGCAGUUGACUCGCGAUCCCCGAGAGAAGGCGGACGAGCACGAGGAAGCCGAACAAGAACAUCUCACUGACAAGGUCAAGAGCUUAUGGGACAAGGCUCCAAAGGAAGAGAAGGCUGCUCAGAAUGAGCACAAACACAUCUGGGAGCAGGUCAAGGACGAGGAAGAUCCUGACACUGUAAAGCGCGCCAGUGGAGGUUGGCGUGAUCAGUUGAGUGCGUUGACUGGUGCUAAUCAGAAAGAGGAGAAGCAGAAAGUCGAACGCAGUUGGUUGAAGGAGAAGUUCAACGAGAUGGCUGGUGGAGGACAAGCGAGCGAAGCCGACGAAGAUAAGCUUGACAAGACGAUCGACUUUAUUCAAGCGCACAUCCUCCACGAAGGCGAUCAAUCGAAUGAGUCUGCUUUGGAACAGUUGAAAGACGAGCAGAUCAGCGACGCGAUUCGUGUGGCUUACAAUCAAGUGACGGGCCGCGAAUUUCCAGCCAAGGAUAAGUAAACAGCGAUAUGUUUCCCGAAAGGUAUGAACUCGGAUGAAUGUGCGAUACCCUAAUUGUACAGAUAAGAAUAGCUCAUUACACCCACGACAUCUUGCAUAUCAAAGUGACAAUUGACCUCGGGCAGCCUGACGAGGCCUCACCGUUAAUAUUACUCCACUUGUGGCGUUAAGCAAGUAUCCAGGGCACUGACGUCAAGCGUAGGCUUGGCGGUGUACGUGUUUCUCGUUCUCUGCACCUAUAUAAGAUGGACAUUGCAGCUUCAUACGGUCCAUCACGUCUCCAAUAAUGUCUUCACAAAGAGAUGACUCGAAUCAACACAAAUCUGGAGGGUGGUUGGGAGGUAUCGGUGAUAAG